ACAUUACAUUUCACUUAUGGUAGGCCGUUACUAGUUACAGUUAAAUCAGGACUAGAGAAUAACUUCCGUGUAUGACUGAGACCAUUACAUUUCGGCUGUGGUAGGCCGUCCGUAGUAACAGUUAAAUCAGGACUAGAGAAUAACAUGCUGUGUAUGACUGAGACCAUUACAUUUCGGCUGUGGUAGGCCGUCCCUAGUGACAGCUAAAUCAGGACUAGAGAAUAACUUCUGUGGUGUAUGACUGAGACCAUUACAUUCGGCUGUGGUAGGCCGUCCCUAGUGACAGUUAAAUAGGACUAGAGAAUAACAUGCUGUGUAUGACUAACACCAUUACAUGGUGAAAACACCGGGUUUUAUUUUACAAAUUCGUGCGUAGCGUUCUUAAAUAAACUUCCUGGUUAGCUGUUGUUAGCAGACAGGGUGGAUAAAAGAUAUGGAUGUCAGGAGACUUUUCGUCUGUCUGGGAGGUGUAGUUCUUUUGUUUUGUGUACGAUCCGAGGAAAACAUUUCGUUUGGAAGCACUGCAAAACAGAGCAGUGAUCAGUCGUCAUCAGGUUGGGAAGCAAACGCGGCCGUGGACGGUUGUUUGAAGCAGCAUAUAGAUUCUGGUUGCUGUUCCCAUACAGAAUCGCUCGGCUGGAAAGAAGCCUGGUGGCAGGUGGAUCUAGGAAGUCUCAGCACCAUCAGUUAUAUCACAAUAUUCUACAGGGUUGAAGCCGUUGACGAUUUCCGAAGUCGAUUUGCUGGUUACCAACUCUACAUGUCGAAUACCACUGACUGGACACAGGGUGUUCUCUGUUAUGAAGACAGGAGUAAUACUGAGGAGGAAUUAGAUACGGUGGUGACUCACCAGUGCCCGUAUGUAGCUCAGUAUGUGACCGUCUACAACUACAGAAAUAAUACAACGCGACAUGACUGGUAUGAUACUUACGCUGUUUUGGAGCUUUGUGAAGUACAAGUGUUUGGCUGUCGAUUAGGGAAACACGGAAACGGCACUUGUAACAACACAUGUUCGGAUAACUGCUAUGGUGGUAACUGCGACGCGUCAACCGGUUCAUGUUUCUAUUGCCCCUCGAGAAAGCAUGGUAAAAUGUGUGAUCGGGACUGUUCUUCAAAUUGUAAAGAAGGCUUAUGUGACAAGGACACUGGAUAUUGCAAUGGUAACAGUUUACGGGGAAGAGAAAGGGUAAAAUAUAUAAAAUUUUAUUCUAAUUUUGCAGAAUGUAUCCCGGGAAAGCAUGGCAAUUCGUGUGGGCAGGAUUGCUUAUCAAAUUGUGAAGAUGGUUUGUGUGCUAAGGACACCGGCCACUGUCACGGAUGCAUUCUGGGAAAGCGAGGCGACAUAUGUGAACUUGACUGCCCUGUUAACUGCCAAAAUAGCAUAUGUGCCAAGGACACAGGAUAUUGUACAGAAUGUAUCCCGGGAAAGUAUGGCAAUACGUGUGAGCAGGAUUGUUCUUUAAAUUGUAAAGAUGGUGUGUGUGCUAAGGACACCGGCCACUGUGACGGAUGCAUUCUAGGAAAACGAGGCAACAUAUGUGAACUCGACUGCCCUGUUAACUGUCAAGACAGCAUAUGUACUCAGGACACAGGUUACUGUUCAGCUUGUAUAACAGGGAGGCAUGGUGAUUUCUGUUCAAACAUUUGUCACAACAACUGCCUAGAUAACACUUGUGAGAAAAACAACGGACAAUGUAUAGGUUGUACUUCAGGAAAAUACGGUGCGAACUGUGACCUCGACUGCUCUGGACAUUGCAAUAAUAGUGUUUGCAUGCAAAUCAGCGGUCAAUGCAAAGAAUGUGUUAUUGGAAAAUAUGGAUCAACAUGUGAACAAAACUGUCCACUUGAUUGUAAGGACAACGUAUGCUCGAUAAACGAAGGCAAAUGUUUACACUGCAUUACAGGAAGGUAUGGUGAGACAUGUACGUUUACGUGUCCUGUGACGUGUAAAGAUUUCACGUGUGAUCAACAAACCGGACAAUGCUUAGAUUGUUAUCCAGGGAAGUAUGGCGUCGUGUGUGGGGCCGAUUGUCCGGUCACGUGUCGGGACAUCUGUAACAAGGAUGACGGAGAGUGUAUACAUGUAAACAAUGCAAAAGUGUCCGCAGAAGAUGGUACAGAUUACAAACUGAUUGCGAUAGCUGUUUUGACCGUCAUUUGUGGGCUUAUGUUGGCUGUCUUAAUCACUUUGGUAGUAUGUCUUAUUCGCAAAAACAAAGACAAAAACGACUCUUCAGACAAAAACAUAGAACAACGAAGUCAGGAUCCUAAUUACUCAUCUCUUUCGGGUGUGCAGGAAGAAACUCCUAACGUUUAUGAAAUGAUCGUCUCUUAAUGGAUAAUUCAAAAUCAUCCAACUUUUUUCCCA